AGGCUUUAUUCAGAGUGGGAAUGCGCAUGUCAAUGAAUAGGUACUAUAUGGGUAUUUGUAUGUUAUGUAUUAAGUUGACGAUUUGCUUUAACAUAGUUAUAACUUUUUAAUAAAUCAAGUACAAAAAUGGAGUAAUAUUUGGUCAGAGUGAUUAAAAAACUAAGCCUUUUAAAAGCAUGUUGAUAAAGGAGUUGAUUCGUUUUUCGACGCAACAUCGUACGUUGCACUGUUAUUUGGUACUGAGUAUAUGGAUUUUUCUCUUAAUCGCCGGAAUGUACAAAUAUAUUGGUCAUAACGGAAAUUCUCUUAGUAAUACAAUACAAUUUUUUAAUGGUCAAUUACAUUCUCCAUCAGGAGAUGUCAACGCACAAUAUACGGAUGAAAUUUAUCAUCAAAGGCUAGACAAAAGAAUUUUGAAAUAUAGCCAAUUUAAGGAGCGUUGUGCACCUUUAGAACACUUGGUGCGUCGCGAUGAAGGUGGCAUAUUAGACGGUUGGAAAUUGCAAGGUGUACUAAUGGUCAUAAGGCACGGUGACCGUGGUCCCAUGUCACAUAUGCGAGGAGUUAUGGGUAUCGAUUGCAGUGCAGAAAACAACGGCUUAGUCAAUCGCUAUCGAAGUUUCCUAUACAAUUCCACAUCGUCUGCGAGCUCUAAUCACAUGUAUUGGAAUAAAAUGGGACCGUUUCAUGGAUUUCCUUUGUUGCCAGCAUCCGAUCGCGCAUGUCUUUUAGGACAGCUAACAUUUAAGGGAGUCGCUCAAAUGUUACAUGUAGGUGAUAUUCUGCAUAAAAUUUACGCUCACGCAUUGGGAUUGCUGAAUAAACCGACAUCAAAUAAACCCUCAAUGGGUGGAUCCUCGACUCCUAAUUCGUUGCUCACCUCUGACGAAGUGGUAGUAUUUUCUACGCGCUAUAGGAGAACUUUUCAAUCAGCUCUCGCAAUUCUCUUCAGUUUUUUGCCAAAUGAUAAGUGGUUAUCCUUAAAUAUUCGCGAGUCACAGAGCAUGGCGUUUUGUUUUACAGACUGUACUUGCCAUCAAGCGGAACUUUUAUUCAAGCGUCAGAAAAAUGAGCAAAAAUUUAAUUUAACCCUUCAACCGGAUAUCAGUAAGGUUAUUCAAUGGGUAGGGGGGACUUUGCUUCAACAUACACCAAAUGGUGUCAACAAUGUUCAAGAUGUGAUGGACGUUCUAACUAUGAUUUUAUGUCAUGAUGCGCCACUACCUUGCCGACAAAUAAUUUCAAAUAAUUCGCGUUUAUUUUCCACCCAACUGAGUGCAACCGAUUUGAAUGAUGUCAUUAACAUCGACCAAGAUGAAAACGCUGCAGAUCCUAAUUUCGUACCAGAGAACAUAUUUAAUGAAGAUCUUGAUAGUGAAAAUUCGAUGGGAUGUGUCGAAGACACUCACGUCACAGCUCUUAUGGCGUAUGCGAACUGGCAGUCAACAUACGAAGUAGCACAUAUAUAUUACAGACGAAUCGGACUACUCCGAUCAUAUGGUAUGAUUCGACAUAUCGUUAGCUAUAUGCUAAGAAUGAUCUCUGGCGAUCGAACAAAAUUUGUUCUGUACUCAGGCCACGAUUGGACUCUGCAAUAUUUAACAGCUGCUUUGGGAAUAAGAACUGGAAACACAUUUAUACCUUAUGCCACUCGAUUAGCUAUUGAAUUAUACAAAAGCGAAACACAUACAGACUAUUAUUUUCGGAUCGUCUACAAUGGUCGAGAUGUCACACAACAAAUCGAGUUUUGUGAAGGUGGUAAGAGUUUAAGAGUCACACGAGAUAGUCGUGGGAAUAAGGCAGAUCUUUGUCCAAUCGAGAAUAUUAUUCGAUUCCUUCACGAAGACUACUUUGCGUCUUUGAACGCAACUAAUUUUAAAGAUGCUUGUACCGCAAUGGUAUCACAUAAAGAUAUUGAUUUCUGAUAAGUGAAUCCGACAUGGAUAUAACAAAAACAAACCUACUCUUCACGUAUAGGUUCAAUUAAACGAUUCUAACAAAUUGUAAACUAAACAUAUCAAAUGCAUACUUUUGCACACAAAUAUUAUGUACUUGUAUAUACGAUAUUUGCAUAUAUAGAGAUCACAGAUAAAAUAAAAUAUACAUAUCUAUGUAUGUACAUAUGUACAUACAUACAUGAAAAUUCAUAUUUAGCUUUAAGGUAGAAUAUUAUACAAAUACCAUGCUAUGUGCAUGCCUAUAAAUAAAUCUGAAACUAUGAAAAUUUUA